ACAAUCUGAAAACACAUGGAGCUAACUAGGAACACUGAGUAAAUUAGUGUUGAUUCACACUUCUGGACAGGUUGUGGUUGACUACGGAGGGCAGGGGAAGUUUAAAAAGGGAUUAUUGGGGAGUUAUUAGAGGUUUCUGUGCUCGGUAAAGCCACACUGAUGAGCUUCCUGAGCCGUAACAAGAGGGAUCUUUCAGAGACACUUGGCUGUGGCACUUGGUUCCAAGUCUGGGUCAGGUUUGCCUUUCAACCCCAUGUGGUCACCGAUCUGUGUCCUUUUUAGGCCUCAAGGAGCUCCUCGUUUCACGCUCCUUUGCUGGACUACAGAUGAGAGCUGUGCAGUUGCAUAAGAGAAGCUCUUUGCUCCACUUUCACGCUGCCUGAAUGCAAACACUGUCUGUUUGCGUGUGAGAGAAACCGCAACCAGUGUCCACCAAACACACUUCCUAAUUCCCAGAAUGCCAUGCCUUAGUGAUCAAACAAGCUGCCCGUCAAGUUUUCAGCUACUUUUGUGGACUUUAUGGACGUGAAUGCGUGUUUGGAUGACCCCGCCAUGGUUCUCGUCCUCCUCUUUAGAUUUGUUUUCUCCUGAGGGCCAAAAGCGAGACUGAAUGACAUCAUGACAGAAAUGUGCUUUGACAAGACAAAGCCCAAGGAGUGGGGAGAGCACUGCAGAGUGGUGAAAUGGAGAAGUGAGACAGAAAGGAAAGCUGCAGGGGAGAUUUUUGAGGAACUCAUUCUGACGUCAGAGAUUUGGAGAGGAUGGGUGUUUUCUGUGUAAACAAAACAAAGAGAUGCUUCAGAAAUGCGUCUGAAACGUAAGAAUUAACCCUACCUCUGCUCUGAGGUGUCAACCUCACAUCAUCGCCUGUAAACGCAGCACUGCUGGAACAAAGUCAGGCAUGUAGACCAGCGCAAACAGAAAAAACCACAGGGUCUUUUAAUAGAUGUCAGAAAAAGAGAAGUGUGAAGUGGACACACACACGGAAAGAGAGAGAGAGAGUGAGCAGAAGUUUGUAUUCGUCUCCAGAGAAGCAGAGCGAUAACCGGUGCCACGGAAGGAUUCCGAUCUGGGAAAACUCAGAGAAGAGAUUUCAGAAGGAGAAGAAGAAGAACGCUCAGAGGAGACGAGGAGGGCUCAUGGGAAACCUCCUGAAAGUGCUGGCUUGCGCCGAACUUGAGCAUGGCCCAAUAGUUUUCCUUGACUUUGAACACGCCCAGCCCACGGAGGCAGAGACAGCCGUGUGGAACCAGGUCAGCGCCGUGCUGGAAGAGGCUCACGGGAUCCUGGCAGAGCUGCAGUCCUACAACGGAGCGGGACAGGAGAUAAGAGAGGCCAUCCAGAACCCAGGUGACCUGGCUCUCCAGGAGAAGGCCUGGAACGCAGUCUGCCCCCUGGUGGCCAAGUUGAAGAGGUUCUAUGAGUUCUCCCUGAGACUGGAGAAUGCCCUGCGCAGCCUGCUGGAGGCGCUGACGAGCCCACCCUACGCUCCCAUGCAGCACCUGGAGCGGGAGCAGGCCCUGGCCAAGCAGUUUGCUGAAAUUCUUCAUUUUACUCUCAGCUUCGACGAACUAAAGAUGACAAAUCCAGCCAUUCAGAAUGACUUCAGCUACUACAGGAGGACUAUAAGCAGGAACAGGCUGAACAAUCAGCAGCUGGAUGCAGAGAACGAGGUGAACAACGAGAUGGCCAAUCGCAUGUCCCUGUUCUACGCUGAAGCGACACCGAUGCUGAAGACCCUGAGUAACGCCACCACCAAGUUUGUUUCAGAGAAUAAGACCCUGCCCAUAGAGGACACCACAGACUGCCUGAGCACCAUGGCCUGCGUGUGUCGUGUCAUGCUGGAGACCCCGGAGUAUCGCUGCAGAUUCACCAACACAGACACCAUGCUGUUCUGCAUGAGGGUGAUGGUGGGCGUCAUCAUCCUCUACGACCAUGUUCAUCCUGUUGGGGCUUUCGCCAAAACCUCGAAAAUUGAUAUGAAGGGCUGCAUCAAAGUGCUGAAAGAGCAGCCAUCCAACAGCGUGGAGGGGCUUCUCAACGCGCUGAGAUAUACGACACGACAUCUAAAUGAUGACAGCACCUCCAAACAAAUCCGGGCCCUCCUGCAGUGAAAGGAGGAAAGCAGCAGGAGGAGGAGGACGGAACAUUAAAGAUGAGGAAACAGAUGCCAGUGGCUGAAAAAUCCGCUUGUUUACAAAGAAGAAAUAAAAUCAUCUCCAGGUUUAAGAGCAACCCGAUGACAAGAAAAGAAAUUUAUUAUAUAUAGUAUCAGCUGUCCAUCACCCUGUCUCUCAUUUUUGUAAAGUAAGAAGAGAAAAAACAGCAGAACUGCAGAUAUAGAUAUAUAUUAAAAGACGUGAAACACAAGCUGCAUAUUAACAGUAGGUAGGAGCAAAGAGGAAGAUAUAUUGGAAAAUUUAAGGUCAGAAUCGAGAUAUAUGAGCAAAAGGUCCAUGUUCCAGCAGUAGUAUGAGAAGUAUUUUUGCACACUUUGACAAAAAAUAAAAAAAUAGAAACAAUGCCAUCUUUUCCCUGCUGAAGUCCAAUCCCAGUGGUUCCCAGAUCUGUUCCGGAGCAUCAGCUGGGCUCAGCCUCUCCGUCCCUCAGCUGCACCGAUCUCCAUGAAGCAAUGUGAUGGAUACACUCCGGAGAUUUGCUUCCACCCUCAUCUCGUCUUUUCUAUGUCGGUGCAGCUGAGAGACGGGCUGUUUAAAUACAAAAACACCUCCCAUCCAUUCAUCCAACGGUUUUUCUUUUCCCAUCUGCACAAAAAGAAAGAAAAAAACCUGAUCCCAAACACCUUUCAGCACAAACACUUAGUGGAUUAACUGAUUUUACUUGAACGUUGUUCCUGUGGGCCUGUGUCUCCAUGGUGCUAAUGUGGUUUAGAUCUCACAGCUUCUUAGAACUCAUCUUGCUGCUUUUCGAUGCGUUUAAAUGAACCCAGUGCCAAAGACGGUUGGUUUACACUCUUACACCACGGAUCGUGUUUAUGUGAAGCUGGUAAUGAUCAAAAGUAACUAACAAGCAUGUCGAGAGAGCUCUGGUGAAAAUACGCAUGGUUGCACUAGUCUGACCUCUUCGUGGUCCGACUGGGUCAUCAAGGAACAAAAAUAAACCCAACCAACAUCAACACCUGCAUCCAACUGGUGGUUUCUUUUGUUCUGAGGCUGAGGACGACGUUUAAACAGCUGGAAACAAAACAGAAAAGAACAAAAAUAUAUAUUCAAAAGGAGAUCAAAAGGAAGUUCUGUACUUUGGAUGUCUAUAGACUUUAGUCUAAUUUAAUUUAUAAUAUAUUUUCUAUACAGGGGUAUGUGCACAAGCAUAUUCUGUAUAAAAGCAUAGGCGGCAUGUUGUAAAAGUUCUGACAGAAAUGUGUAAAUAAGGUGUUUUUAUUCAUUUUUAACUGUUCAUUGAUGCUGAAUUUGGGUAUGUGUUGUCUCUCAGAGUUACCAUGCGUUUGGCUUGGACCAUCGGACUUGCCGUAGUCAUAGGUUUCAGAAAAUUCAGCUUCAUUAAUGGUGAAUGAACCAGGAAAGGGGGGCGGGGCUUGCUGCUGUGGGGGAGGGG